CUGGAACAGACGAGAUGAAGGAUUUGCCCGGGCUUGUUCUUCUGUUGCUGCAGGCUAAACUACAGCUUUCAUGAGAUGAACGUAUCAUCUGUCAAUGGGACUGUGGUUGGUCGGUCUCCAGACUCCUUAACUAAAGCUGUGACCAAGAAUGUGAUUGUCGUGGUUAUCGGGAUCUCCAUCAACUACAUCAAUGCAAGCCUCAUUCACACCUUCCGCAAACACCAGAUCUUCUACAUGAAUCCUCGGUACAUCCUUUUCAUUCACCUGGUGGUCAACGACACGAUCCAAAUGAUGCUGUCUGUCAUGCUGUUUGUCAUCAGCUACACCAUCUAUAAAAUAAAUGUCUCCAUCUGUUGCGUCUUCAUCCUGAUUGCGCUUUUCACCACUGAAAACAGCCCUCUGAACCUGGCUUGCAUGGCGGUGGAGUGCUACAUCGCCAUCUGCGUUCCCCUUCGCCACGUGCAGAUCUGCACCAUCAAGAGAACGUUAAUGCUGAUUGGUUUAAUCUGGGUGACAACCGUGCUGUCUGUUCUUCCUGAUCUGUUCAUCACUUUGGCCACACAGCCACUGGGCUUCUUUCACUCCCAGGUGUUCUGCCUCAGACAAACUGUCUUCCCAAAUCCCAUCAUCAUCAAGAAGAGAGAUAUCACAUAUUCAGUGUUUCUAGUUAUAGUUUGGAUCACUAUCUUUUACACUUACUUCAAGAUCCUGUUCACUGCAAAAACAGCUAGCAAAGAUGCUAAAAAAGCCAGAAACACUAUCCUCCUCCACGGGUUUCAGCUGCUGCUGUACAUCAAUGGACACAGCACUACUGCACAAAAUAAAGAUGUGGAUAGCAAUUCAAAGAUCUUCUACAUGAAUCCUCGCUACAUCCUCUUCAUUCACCUGGUGUUCAACGACAUGGUCCAGGUGACACUGACCGUCAUCAUGUUUGUCAUCAGCUACAUCUUCUAUAAAAUAAAUGUCUCCAUCUGUUGCGUCUUCAUCCUGAUUGCGCUUUUCACCACUGAAAACAGCCCUCUGAACCUGGCUUGCAUGGCGGUGGAGUGCUACAUCGCCAUCUGCGUUCCCCUUCGCCACGUGCAGAUCUGCACCAUCAAGAGAACGUUAAUGCUGAUUGGUUUAAUCUGGGUGACAACCGUGCUGUCUGUUCUUCCUGAUCUGUUCAUCACUUUGGCCACACAGCCACUGGGCUUCUUUCACUCCCAGGUGUUCUGCCUCAGACAAACUGUCUUCCCAAAUCCCAUCAUCAUCAAGAAGAGAGAUAUCACAUAUUCAGUGUUUCUAGUUAUAGUUUGGAUCACUAUCUUUUACACUUACUUCAAGAUCCUGUUCACUGCAAAAACAGCUAGCAAAGAUGCUAAAAAAGCCAGAAACACUAUCCUCCUCCACGGGUUUCAGCUGCUGCUGUGUAUGACAACAUAUGUAGGCCCCCAGUUAUUAGAUGUUCUGCAACAAUGGUUCCCUAAGGAUUAUACAGACUCCCUCUUUGCUUACUAUGUUAUUGUACAAGUCCUGCCACGAUCUAUUAGUCCGAUGAUCUAUGGCAUACGAGACAAUACUUUCAGAAAGUACCUGAAAAGUUACCUGUUGUGCAGAUUUAGAAUGCAGUAA